CGCGCGAGGAAGAGCAUUUGAUUAUGGGUGUUCCUUUUUUUGGUUUCCUUUUUGCCGACUUCCUAUUUGGGGACAGUGUGGAGAUCGUGCCACCAUCGUCAACCAGAAAGAACCUGAAAGAAGAAUGAUGUUCAUUGUGCCAACAAAAAGUGCUCUUGUGUGUGUGUCUUUGUGGGGGAAAGGGAGAGUUAUGCCUGGCACAGCACACCCCGCGACGUUAAGCCCCCCCCCCCCCUUGAUAACCGGGCCGGGUGCGAGAUCACCCAAGGCACACUGAAACCUCCUCGCGCUGAUGUUUGUGUUGAUAAGCAAAUGCUCCCAGCCACGAGGUCUGUAGGUGGACGAGGUGGAGAGGCAGAAGAGUGUGUCCGGGGGAGGAGAAUUUGCCUACUUCUCGCGAUAGUAGCAAGUGAACUGCGGUGGGAUUCGCGCUGUAAUUCGAUGUAAUUCUAACACAACUCGAGCGCGGUAAUUUAAUAUCGUCGUCCGCCCUUCCUUCUCCCUGAUCUUCAAUCGACCGGCAAGAUGUUGACACCGGAUGAGGAUGAUCCAGUUUGUCAAUCUACCCUAACCAUCCCCCGGUGCACCCACACAGCACACCCUCUUUCGCAGCUCAUCUCAAACAAACACCGCAGCAUCUUGUCUCUUCUAGCUGACACACACUCUAUCUUUCUUUCAUUCUCAUUCUCACCUUAGUUUCGACGGGGUUUGCAUUAGAACAUCCAAGUCCCAUCAUGCUGCUUGCGCUCACUCUCCGUUCACAGUUGGCCGCGACCACUUGCGAUUUUUGGUGGCAAAAUUCGUUGCCGUCCAUCGCACGAAUUUGCCAUAUUGGAGGGCAGAAAGUUCGGGCCUCCGCUUUUGUUUCGCUCUCCGAUUUGUUUUGGCUUUGUUGCAAAACCCCGGGAGAAGCAAGAUGCACCGAGAGAGAGAACAAGAUAUGCACCGCGUCUCUCCUUAGGUGGAUGAUGCGGGUCGGUGUCGUCCGUGUCCGACCACCUACCACCUAUACCCGACUGCCCGCUGCUGCUAGUGGGUAGUGGGCGAACCGAUGUGCUCUCCGGAUGUUACAGAUAGAUUGCGUGCCGCAGCCCAAAGCGAACAGUUUUCCCAUCACCCUGACAACGGUUUUUUACAUCAUCAUCUUUCACAAUAAGCGUAUUGAACCGCGGUGUCGACCCGUCCUUGAAGUGUAUACAAAUAUUACAGAAUUAAAUUUAGAGCAAAGUGUUGACAUCAGACCAGGAGGAAACCAGGCCCGAAUGAGAGUUUAACCAACCAAAAGAUAGAUUGAGAAAAAUGUGUCAAUAAGCUCUGGGAGUCGGAAAGGCAUCAUGUUCUGCUGCAACACGCUUCUCGCACCGGUCAGCCUAGUAUCCGUGCUCAGCAGCGAUCUUCCAAAUUAAAAGAUGUAUAAUGGAACAAGGCAUUCUAGCAUCAGCUGUACCGACGCCAAAGACUCCAAUCUACCAGCGCUACACAACCGCCCUCCAGAAUGACCCCCGGUGUUCGCAAGAGGUAGCGCUGGGCAGACGCAUCGGCCUGUACCGGUUCUGUGGCGAUAUCGGACGAGGCAACUUCUCGCGUGUCAAGCUCGCUGUUCAUCAAUUAACCAAAGAUAAAGUCGCUAUCAAGGUAGUGGACACCAGUCGUUUAGAUGCUAAGGCGCUGCGCAUGUUGUCGCGCGAAGUCAGCACGCUCGAGUGUGUCUAUCAUCCAUUUAUUCUAAGACUGUUUGAAGUGAUAGAAACAUUGGGAAAGAUUCAUCUCAUCAGCGAAUGGGUGCAAGGCGGCGAACUGUACAAUCGCAUCACGGAGGUUGGCCCGCUCAAGGAACCACACGCUGCACUGCUUUUCCAACAACUGCUACUGGCUGUGAAGCAUCUGCAUAGUUUAGGUUUUGUGCAUCGUGAUAUCAAGGCGGAGAAUGUGCUGCUCGUGAGCGAAGAGCGCAUCAAGCUGGCGGACUUUGGCUUUAGCACGCAGCUGGUAAACGGUCCCUGGCAGCAUUUGGAUACGUUCUGCGGUUCGCCCCCGUACGCCGCACCGGAGCUGUUCAGUGACGACCACUACAUUGGCGGUCCGGUCGAUAUCUGGGCGCUCGGCAUACUGCUCUACUUUAUGCUGGAGGGCAGCAUGCCGUUCAAGGCACCGACCGUUCCACUGCUGCGGACGGCCGUGCUCAAGGGCGAGUUUGUCAUCUCGACCAGCCUGAGUGUACCGUGCUGUCGCGUUAUUCAGCGCAUCCUAGUGCAUACACCAUCCCGAAGGCCUACGAUCGAACAGCUGCUCGACUGCCAAUGGUUCCGGUACGCGCAGGAUCAUGCCGGUCGUCUGGGACGAUCGUCGAACCAACCCCAAACCACCGUCGGCCAAACUCGUAACCCCAACAAUGUUCCUAGACGGAGGCGGAAAAAGUUGUUCUGGUUUUUCCCCUCGCCUCGCGAUCGCCUUUCCUCGCCCGAGUCCACCACCUCCAGUCGUGAUAACAACCUUAGUGCUGCCAACAACAAUCAGCGUCACCGUCAUCAUCACCAUCACCACCAGCACAACUCCCAACGGCACCAGCCCAUGUCCUCGUCCACGAAGUCAUCGUCCUCGCGGGACGAGCGGCUGGUGGCCAACCCGCCGGAGAUUCCCAACCUGCGCACGAUCGCUUGCAGCACCAAGCGGGCCGCCAGCGUGCUGGAGGAAAACUAUCUGCAUCCGCUCAAGCCGGACCCGGCGGCUGGCGCGCCCGGCGAGGGGUCGGACACCGGCACGCUCGUUACCGAGCACCACCUGCAUCAUUCCCAUUUUAUCAAGGAUCUAUCCAACGAUGUGUCAAAUAAUAAUAUUGUUAACAGUAACGCUAAUGGUACGAAUAACUAUACGAAUCAGCUCGCCAACGAUGCGACCGGCGGAGCAAACGGGAGUCGUAAGGAGAGCUCGGCCGCUAGCCAGGAGCGGAAGCCGCGUCGCUUCUCCUUCGGCCGCUCGCUCAAGAAGCGCAUCGGCCCGAUGGAGUUAGUGUCGGCGGAAAGCCUCACCGGGCCGGACGGUGGGGUGCGGCCUCCGCGUGCAGUGGAUCUGCGCGAAAAGCUACAUCGAACGAUCGACGAGGAGCACGGCCGGUUCGUGAUGUACCCGACGACGGCCGUUUCGUCCGAGGGCAAUCGGCAUCUGCAUCCGCUCGAGACGGAAACGCGCCGGCUUAUGAAAGUGCUCGGCAUUACCGGCGACAUGAUAGCGCGUGCGGUGACGAACGGACCGCGCAGUGACAUUAUCGGCGUGUACCGGAUCGUCAUGCACCGGUUGCAGCGUGAGCAAACCAACGCUCGGCUAGCGUCGACCAAUGGGGGCGCGUACGAGUUUCUCGAGCUGAAAUCAAUCAACGGCACGACGACAUCCGGCUGCAGCUCGGGACGGAGCGGACCGAACAGUGGCGCAGGGCGCAGCACUGCCAACAGUCGGCGACAUAUCGAUCAGAACCGGGGAAGAAUCUGUGCCAUUCUUUAAACACACAAAACGCUACGGGGAGAAAGGGGGACCUCAUGUCCGGGGCCUACCGCCGUGCACGCGUUACCACACUUUCCCCCAUCAUGUGAUAAUCCUCGUGGGAUUAAUUGGAAGCGGGAAGUUCGACCACUCUUGACCACUGAUGGUACUAACCUAAUCGCCGUGUCUAAUGUGUGUGUGUGUGUGCCCUUCCCUGCCGUGGAAUGUGGAGGAACACGUGCUCGAUGUGUGUGCCCCUGCAGCGGUGACUACCGCACUAGACCACAAACCGUAGAAGAUAGAAGUCAUAUUUUUAGAAGAAAAUAACGUUGUUAACUGUUAGUUCUAGUGUACGUCCUGUGGUAGCUUAACCGGCGGUCAGAAGGCCGCCCCUCCGCCCCGCUUCAAAGAUUACCCGACGCAGCCAAACCGCGGAAAACGAUCUCGGUGUCUCUCUUUCUCCCAACCCCGAGAUGUGUAUGCGUGCGGCGGGAGAGUGCAAGGGAAGCAGCUUAAAAGUUUUAUAAAAACCCCCCAAACAAAACAAAAAAUACCAAAUCAAACAACAUCUUUGCAAAGACAACAAACCAACCUUACCUAUAUUCGAACUCGAUGUGCCGAGAACCGACCUCAGGUCUCGGCGGAGCAUGGCCAAUCGCACGGACUGUGCCCUUGUGUAGCUUUAAUAUAUUUAUUUGUGUUCCCAAAACCCCGAUCUAAACCUUCGCGGCAAGUUUUUAGGUAAACACAGAAAAGACAUCGUGCUAUUGUUCCGAAAUAUCUAAACGCAAAAUGCGCUGACGGGGCGCGCGUUUUGCGUAUUAAGUUACUUGUGUCUGUUGAUUUUAUUUCUACAAACGGAUGAUCAAAUCAUACUAAAGCUGUACCAUUAUGCAACAUUGAACGUGGUAAAAUAAGGUCAAACCAGAAACAAAUAUACAUCUAUUACAAACAUUA